AUGGGUGUCGGCCGUCGCAUGAAGAAACAGGGCCCUCCCGAGCCAUUAUCGGAAGCCCACUUCGCCAACUUGAAGCGCAAAAAGGGAAUUCCAGUCGACGACAUCCCCGCCGAAGAACACUCAAGCAAGAAGCGUCGCACAGCAUCCAAGAAGCCCGAGAAGGCGAUCAAAAGCGCCACAGGAACAAAGGGAACUGGGAGACAGGCCAAUGGCUCUAAGAAGACAGCCAGCGCACCCAGCAAUGGCGUGAAGGCCUCCAAGACAAAGGGCAAGAAGGCCCCAGAGCCUCAAUCAGAUUCCGACGAGGAGAUGGAUGAUGAGUUCGAUGCCUCCGACCUCGAGGAUGAGGCUGGUUCUGAUGAGGAAUUGAAGUUGGGAUCUGACUUCCUUGGGUCGGAUGAUGACUCAGUCUACGAUUCGGAUCUGGAUCAGGAUGCAGGCAAGAAGGAGAAGUUUGUCUUCUCUGAUGAUGAAGACGAGGAUGAUGACGAAAGAGAGGAGAAGCUCACUGCCGCCAAUAUCGAAGGUCUGUCGAGGAAACUGGAUCAACAGAGGGAGGAAGAGGAGGCCGAAAACGAAGCCGAGUUGCGCGAAGAUGCCAUGCAAACAAACAUCGACGGCGACAAGCCCCAUGUUCUCGACAGCGACGACGAAGACGAAGACCUGGCCGCCAAGACCAAGAGCUUGUUGGCCCCCGAUCUCCAGAUGUUGAGAACCAGGAUAACAGAGACAAUUCGGGUGCUUGAAGAUUUCGGCGAGCUUGCUGAGGAGGGGCGGGACAGAGCCGAGUACACCAACCAGCUCUUGAAGGACGUUUGCGCCUACUAUGGCUACAACGAGUUCCUGGCGGAGAAGCUGAUGAAUCUCUUCCCCCCCAGAGAAGCGUUUGCUUUCUUCGAAGCCAACGAAAGUGCCCGUCCUGUUGUCAUCCGCACAAACACCCUUCGCACCCAUCGUCGCGAUCUCGCCCAGGCUUUGAUCAACCGCGGUGUUACUUUGGAGCCAGUUGGAAAGUGGUCCAAGGUCGGUCUGCAAGUUUUCGACUCCAACGUGCCUCUGGGUGCUACGCCCGAGUACCUCGCUGGUCAUUACAUCCUACAAGCCGCCUCUUCUUUCCUCCCCGUCAUGGCCCUGUGCCCACAGGAGAACGAGCGCUGCCUGGAUAUGGCCUCUGCACCCGGUGGUAAAACUACGCAUAUGGCGGCGCUGAUGAAGAACACUGGUGUUAUCUUUGCCAACGAUCCCAGCAAGGCUCGUGCCAAGGGUUUGAUUGGUAACAUUCACCGUCUUGGUGUCAGAAAUACCAUUGUCUGCAAUUACGAUGCCCGCGAGUUCCCUCGUGUUAUGGGCGGGUUCGAUAGAGUCUUGUUGGAUGCCCCAUGCUCGGGUACUGGUGUUAUUGCCAAGGAUCCGUCAGUCAAGACCAACAGAGACGAGAAGGACUUCCAGCAAUUGCCACAUCUUCAAAAGCAGCUGAUCCUGGCUGCGAUCGACUCGGUCAACCAUGCCAGCAAGACCGGUGGCUACCUGGUCUACUCUACCUGUAGUGUCGCUGUUGAGGAAAACGAACAAGUCGUCGCCUAUGCUUUGAGCCGCCGCCCCAACGUCAGAUUAGUCGAGACUGGCUUGCCAUUCGGUAAAGAAGGGUUCACUAGCUUCAUGGGCAAGGAGUUCCACCCCAGUCUCAAGCUGACCCGCCGCUACUAUCCUCACUUGUACAACGUCGACGGUUUCUUCGUAGCCAAGUUCCAGAAGAUCGGCCCAACGCCUCCAAAUGCUGUCCUUGCCAACGGCAAGAAGGACAAGGCUGUCACUCGCAACGUCGACGAUGAUGCCAUGGUCAUUGACAAGACCCCCAUCGCUACCGAGGAGGCUGGCGAGGAGGCGAAGGAUGACUUUGGUGGUUUCGAUGACGAUCAGGAUGCGGACUACAUUGAGCGCGCGAAGCGCAACGCCAUGAGGAGACGCGGUCUGGAUCCUAGGGCGUUGAAGAAGGGAGAGAAGAAGGAGAAGAAGGGGAUGAAGGAGGAGACGUCCGAGGAGGAGCCUACGAAGGAAGUGACCAGGGAGAAGGAAGCGCCCAAGGAGAAGGCUGAGAAGGCCGAGGCCAAGUCGGAGAAGAAGGAGAAGAAGGACAAGAAGGAGAAGACCAAGGAGACACCCAAGGUCGAGAAGGCGGAGGAGAAGACUACGGAGAAGGCGAAGCCCAAGGAGAAGAAGGAGAAGGUGAAGGCUAAAAAGUAG